UCUCUGCAGGGCUCACACCCCUCCUCAACAAUCCUUCUGUACUCGUCUGUUGCCGGACAGGAAAGCUUCAUUCAAAAUGAAAUUCAUCCUGCUUGCUGCCUGCAUCCUUGGGGUGGCUGUCUCUGCCCCAUCGCAGAUAUUCAUGGAGUUUGACAUCCGUCACGCUCCGGCUGAGGCAGCCCAGGCUAUCCCUGUUGGAGUCCCACUCAAAAGUCUAGAUGUUCUGCUCCCGGUUGAUGCCCAGAGGCAGCCUGUUGGAGGACCUGUCCGUGGCUUUAUCAAGCAGGAGAUCCUUGAGCCAAACGGUAGAGACACCAAGGAUGUGUACUACCCUUUUGGUUUUGAUGCUGCUCUAGCAUCCUCUGUUACUGCUGCCGACCCUGUUGCUCCUGCAGCUCCAGCAGCUCCUGCUGCUCCUGCAGCUCCAGUAGCUCCUGCAGCUCCUGUUGCUCCUGCAGCUCCAGUAGCUCCUGUUGCUCCCACAGCUCCUGUUGCUCCUGCAGCUCCAGCAGCUCCAGCAGCUCCUGCAGCUCCAGUAGCUCCUGUUGCUCCUGCAGCUCCAGCAGCUCCUGCUGCUCCAGCUGCCGCUGUUGUACACAUCCUUGGUGCUAGUGCCCCUGCUGCCAGACCCAGCGGAGAUGAUGACGAUGGCGAGGAUGAAGAUGACUAAACAAACUAAAUCUGACUCAGCAGGAUAGGACUAGGUGCCCGAUGCAGUAAGACCAGCAGCCUACCCCGGGGAAAGAUGACCAUCCAACACUGCUGUUUCUCAAUGUAUGAAAAUAUAAUAAAAUGAUUUUGAAAAGAAAAUGGGGGUAUGUUGUCUUAUGAAA